CGACAAUAACACAAAUUUGGGAUCCCAUAUUUUGCUCUGCUUCAUCCCUGAAUCCACUGUUUCUCUCAACUCCUUUCAUCAGAGUCUGAUUUUGAGCUGCAGAAGAUAUGCAGGUGAGAGAUAUGGGGGGCCUCCUUGCUGUACUCACGAGCUGGUCUGUGCAAACUAUUGCAGCACUGGUUUUCCUUUCCAUCCUGCUGAAGGUUUUCAGGGGAAUUAGAAAUACUCCCGGGAGACGACCGCCUGGGCCUCCAGCGUGGCCACUGAUUGGCCAUUACCAUCUCCUCAGAUCUGGGUUGCCUCACCACACCCUGUGCAAAAUCGCUGAAAAAUAUGGACCCAUAGUAUGGCUGGAACUGGGAGCUGUAAGUGUUGUGGUUGUAUCUUCCUCGGAUCUCGCCAGGGAGAUUCUGAAAACUCAAGAUCACAUAUUUGCCUCCCGCCCUCCAGGGAUACUAGGCGAUUUGCUGUUUGCAGAAGGUCAGGAUCUAAUAUUCAGUCCUUUGAAUGAAAACUUUCGUUUAUCCCGGAAAAUGGUCAGCACAGAACUUCUUUCACAACAGCGGAUCGACUCAUUUCAGAAUUUGCGACGAGAGUUGCUUUUGAGAACGAUAUGGAGUGCAUGUGAGGAGGGUCAUGCGAAUCGUUAUACAAAUCUAUGUGAUAAAAUGCACGAACAGUUUAUGUCCUUGACUACCCGAAUGCUAUUUCGAAUGGAUGGACGUGCUCAGAACAAGGACUUAAAUGAUAUAAUCCACGAUCUAACACGUACAGGAUGGUUCGUGACGGAAGAGUUCUUUUCUUUGCUUAAGCCACUGGAUCUAAGUGGACAAAUUAAAAGGCUCAAAAACUUAGGCGAAAAAUAUUUGCACCUUGUGGAUUCCAUCAUCGACAACCGCCUGAAGGAAAAGUCCAACUCGAAGUCGAAUACUGAAGAAGACUUCUUGGACGUGCUGUUGGCUAUGAGCAACUUUUCACGUCUUCAAGUCAAAGUUCUUCUUCUGGACAUGAUCCUUGGUGGAGGUGAGACUAGCCCUGAUACGAUUGUGUGGGCAAUCACGGAGCUUCUGCGGCAUCCUGACAUUAUGGAAAGACUUCAGAAUGAGCUCGACGAUGUGAUCGGUAAAGAAAGGCUGGUUGAAGAAGAAGACCUCAACAAACUCGAGUAUCUGCAAGCGGUGGUGAAGGAAACACUACGGAUGUACCCAGUCGUUGUUUUGGGAGUUCCUCACUUUUCUACGGAGGCAGCAAAAGUAGCAGGAUACGAUAUCCCUGCGAAAACCCGGGUAAUGGUGAACCUUUAUGCCAUUGGCAGAGAUCCCAAGGUUUGGGAAAAUCCUACGAAGUUUGAUCCUUCAAGAUUCUUAAACAGCCCUGUUGAUGUGAAAGGGCACCAUUUCGAGGUUCUGCCCUUCGGUGCUGGGCGAAGAAAGUGUGUGGCCAUGAAUUUGGCGCUCCUCUCUGUGGCAUAUAACAUCGCCCAGCUGAUUCAUGCGUGUACAAUCUCCCUACCCGAAGGCUGGACUCAUCUGGACAUAGAUGUAGAAGAGAGUUUGGGAACGUCCGUAAGGAGGCAGAAUCCUUUGAAUCUACUCAUAAACAGGCGACUGCCUUCGGACGUCUAUCGUAGGGCAGGACUGAAUGUUUCUGGCCAGUAGAAAAGAAACUCGUUCAUGUCAAUUCUUCGGUCUAAGUCUUCAAAGGAAACUACGAUAGAAAUUAGUUGUCUGAGAUAUGCCGUUCUAGAAAUCCAGCAUUCGAUCUCUGUGUACCUUCCUCCUCAACAAUCCAAUAAAUUUGCAGUGUAUGAAAAUAAUAACGUGCACCUUCCUACUCAAUUUCACGAGGUCAAUCGAAUCAGUUAUUUCUCUAUCAUUCUCUGUCCAGCUAUUAUUUUCUCUCCGCUGGCUUCCUCGCCAUGACUUAAUACGAGCUUGUUCAGAUAAAAUUUG